AUGGAAUAUAGACUUAGAAGUUCAACAGAAUCAUCGCUCUUCCUUCUUGAAGACAUUCUUGCAAUUGAUUGCAUCGAACCUCUGAAUCAGUGAUUCAAAUUAGAUAUAUUUACUUAUACUGGGGAUCAAGAGAGAGUCAUUAUCAGGAAUUUAGAAGAGGGAGAAUGAACUUAUUGAUGUAUGACAAAUGCCAAAUUCAAUACAAUACAAUUCUCAAAGACCAAAUAAAACCUAUAGCCUUUCAAUAUGGAAAGAAAAGGACGAUCCUUUCUACGACCUCAUAAAAAUUCUGACCACUUUUGGACGCUGAAACCUCAAAGAACUCUCUAUCUCGAACCAGCUACCAACUUGUACCCCAAUGACCACUCCCAUCCUGCUCCAAAUCACCAAAAUCCUUUGCAACUCACUAACCAUAUUCAGCCUGACUAAAUUCCGACUGACUGCUCGCCACUUCAACAUCAUUCUAAACACCAUACCUCAAACAGUCAUCGCUGAAAUCCAAAAAUGAACCGUCACUCUUCGGCCAAGGCCACUGACCUUCACUUGAAAGCCCCUUCUCAAGUACUUACGUCUUUCAACGGUUAUUUUCAAGACUGAUUCCGAUGAAGAAGCGGCAAGCCAGCUUCUUAGGAUGGUUACUUCAAGAGGGCUCUCGAAGAGUUUGGUAGAAUUGGUACUGAAAACGAACCUUAGAUUUCCGCCUGCUUCUGUUGUGAAGGGGAUCUACGGUUUGCCAUAUGCCAAGGUUACUACUUGUUAAGAAAUGUGGCUUUUAAGAAGAGUUAAGCCUCAGUUUUGUAGAAUAGGGUAGAGAAACCUGGCUCCAUAAAGAGCACAGGAAGCUUAGGGAUUGCUCAGGGGCUUCAUUGUUAGUCAGAAGGGUUCAGCAUUUUUUAUUGUGGAAAUUGGGGAUUUUUAAAUAGUGUGUUUUCAAGGACGUUUGUUUAAAG